CAAAACAAAAAACAAAGAAAAAAAGAUAAAAGAAAACCAAAGAAGAAAAAAAAAACACGAUGCAUUCUUGUUGUGCGAGGAAGAUAAUAGUAUGGAGCUUGUGUUUAAUAUUUUAUCUUUCUCACUCAAUACUUGUUUGCGGUUCUUCACCUCCUAAGCACUUGUGCCGUCAAGACCAGAGGGAUGCUCUUUGGGAGUUCAAGAGUGAGUUCCCACUCAGUGGGAUGGCUGCUGACGAGAAGACACAGACCUGGAGAAACAACAGUGAUUGCUGUUCUUGGGAUGGUAUCACUUGUGAUCCUAAGACGGGCAAUGUUGCUGAGUUAAAUCUCUGGGGCAGUUCUCUCAAUGGCUCUUUAAGAUCUAGUAGUGGUCUGUUUAAACUACAGUAUCUUCAUAGCCUUAAUCUUGGCUCCAAUAAUCUUGCCGGCAUUCUACCAGAUUUCAUCGGCGACCUCAAAUAUCUGAGGGUUUUGAGACUUUCUGGAUGCAAUUUAUUUGGAAAGCUUCCUUCUUCGCUUGGAAAUCUUUCUGAUCUCACUGUUCUUGAACUUGAUGGUAAUGGUUUCACCGGUGAACUACCAGUUUCACUCGGCAACUUAAAACAACUAACAAAGUUGCUAGUUGCAUCGAGCAAGCUCAGUGGGAACUUUCAUCAUGCGCUACUCAAUUUGACCGAGCUCACUGCGAUCAACCUUGUUUCCAACCAGCUGGAAGGUACGCUCCCAUCUAACAUGAGUAGCCUCUCCAAACUGGAGUACUUUGAUAUUGGUUCGAAUUUAUUUUCUGGAUUUGUUCCGUCGUCUCUUUUCAUGAUCCCUUCGUUGAUCCAUCUUAAACUGGAAAGGAAUCAUUUCAACAGUCUCCUUGAGAUUGGGAAUAUCUCUUCACCAUCUAAACUUCAAACUUUAAGCCUUGGAGGAAACAGGCUCAGUGGGCCUAUCCCGGGAUUUAUAUCAAAACUAGUCGGUCUCUCUUCUCUCGACCUCUCUUUUUGGGACACUUUGAGGGACGAGGUCGAUUUCAGCACCUUCUUGCAUCUCAAGUCACUUACGUUCCUUGACAUCUCCACUCUUAAUACAAGAAGUAUAGUCGAUAUGAGUCUCUUCUCACAUUUCGAGUCACUUAGCUUACUAAGUCUUUCACGAAAUACUGUGAAGUUCAGUUCAACUCUCCAUCUGGUCUCACCCAUUGGAUCAUUGGCUCUAGCCUCCUGCAAUAUUUCUGAGUUUCCAAAGUUUCUACGAACGCAAACCAGUUUGUUUAACUUGGAUAUUUCUCAGAAUCAAAUAAAAGGGAAAGUACCAGCGUGGUUAUGGAGUCUCCCAGGAUUGACGUAUGUAGACUUUUCUCUGAAUUCAUUUACUGGUUUUGAUGGACCAGCGGAUGUUUUUCAAAGAAAUGAAAUAUCUAUGCUGGAUAUAAGUUCAAACUCUUUCCAGGUUCCAUUUCCUUUGUUACCACAAUCUAUGACGUUUCUUGCAGCCUCCGAUAAUCAGUUUUCAGGAGAGAUUCCGACAACAAUCUGCGAACUGGUUUCUCUUGAUGUACUGGUUUUAUCCAACAACAACUUCAGCGGUUCUAUACCUCGGUGUUUUGAGAAUUUCAAUACUAAGCUUUCGAUCUUGCAUCUUCGGAAUAACAGCCUCUCUGGAAAAUUUCCGGAGGAAUCUGUCAGCGUUGCCUUGAUUUCACUUGAUGUUGGUCGCAACCAGUUAUCAGGAGAGCUUCCCAAGUCUCUGAUUAAUUGCACUCAUCUUGAGUUUCUCAACGUUGAAGACAACAUGUUCAACGACACGUUUCCAUUUCGGUUGAGAUUAUUGCCUGGUUUGCAAAUUCUUGUCCUUCGUUCAAACAAGUUCCAUGGGUCACUAUAUUCUCCAAGGAGUUCUCCGAGUUUCUCCAAACUGCGAAUCAUUGAUAUUUCUAAAAAUCUCUUCACUGGAGCCUUGCCGUUGGAUUACUUUGCUGGUUGGAGUGAAAUGUCAUCUGGUGUAUACACGCCAGAUAACAAGCAGAAAAGGUUUAUAGGAAUAACUUUUUUAAACUAUCGUAAGUCGGUGGUUCUGGCUAACAAAGGUUCGGAGAGGGAGUUUCUUGGUAGUAGUUUCAGCAUCUACAAAAUCAUCGAUGUCUCAGGAAAUAGAUUUGAAGGAGAUAUCCCAAAAUCUAUUUGUUUACUCAAGGAGUUGAAUGUGCUCAACAUGUCAAACAACGCUUUCAUAGGCAGUAUACCACCAUCUUUUUCGAACCUGACCAAUCUCCAAUCACUAGAUCUAUCUAAAAACAGAUUAUCCGGCAAAAUUCCACCGGAGCUCGGGAAACUAACGUUUCUGGCGUGGAUGAACUUCUCUUACAACAACCUCGAAGGUCCAAUACCACAAGGCACUCAAAUUCAAACCCAGGAUAGUUCUUCAUUCCUACAGAAUCCUGGGCUAUGUGGUGCUCCUCUUCAUAAGAUCUGCAGUGGAGAAGAAGAAGGCACAUUAAACCAAGAUAAAGAAGAUGAAGAAGAAGAUCAAGUAUUGAGCUGGAUUGCAGUUGCAAUAGCCUAUGUACCUGGUGUAUUCUGUGGAUUCAUUGUCGGCCAUAUUCUGGCUUCAUACAGACAUGACUGGUUCAAGGGGAUCUUUCGCUAUUUUUCUUAACAUAAGCAUCCGGUUCCUAAAGAUAUCUACUAUAUUAUAAUAAUCAUCUCUAUGUCGUUUUAAAUUACCAUUGUAAUGGCGUGAAAAGUUCUCUUCCCUUGUAUUGUUUUGCCACUCUUAUUGUGAUAAUCUGUGUGUUUCGGUGUA